GGCGAAGCGCCGCACAAACUUCGUCUGAACACUACAAUGUGAUCCUUCACAAUACAAUACCUAGGUAAGCUAGACCGUCCCCCGUUACCCCAUUUUCCCUGCCUGCCCAACAUCAAAUCAAACCAAGUCUCAAUCGACCGUCACGUUCCUGAAACCACACGUUUCGGAACAAGCCUCCGCCGAGGGGCGGCCCAUACUUCACGCCCUCCAGCACAUCACCGGCGUGAAUGGGUUGAAUUUGGAGCGCUGAAGCAAUCACUUCAUAAUGGCGGAAAUUAUGACGCAGAGAGUCAAUGGCGGGCUACAGCGACAGGCGUCCUUCUCUUCCUUUCCGCCCUCGAGAUCUCCCUCUUCGAUAUCUACCCGGAACGACAACAAGAAAGGCCGGUCGCCCCAGCCUCCAAUGGUCAGAGAAGAUGAUGUCUCAUACAGCUCGUCUCAUCCGCAUUCGUGCAAUUCCUCCCUCUCGGCGCCACGAGUCGCAAAAUCCAAGAACGCAGCCAAGAUGCGCUCACAGUACCCUGCCGAUUCGGUGGAGAAUCAUGUGGAAUACAUACUGGUUGCAUCUUUUGACAUUGACCGCGGGUCGGUCAUGGAACACCAGUACCCUGGGCCGAUUAGUGGGGAUGAGACGAUGUUGGCGGAACUCAUGCUGCCGGAUCAGGCACAUGUCCGCAGUCAGGAUUGGACUAUUUUCUUUUUGCAUAAGGAUACGAGUGCUGAGGAUGAAGAAAAAGAGGCGAGAAGGGAGAGAAGGAGGAGGCGCAGGAGGAAGAAAGAGGGCCUGGAAAAUGGAGAGGAUACAGCGGCUGGGGCGGAAGAGGAUGAGUGCGGACCGGACGACGAAUCUUAUGACACCGAGGAUGAAGAGAGCGAUGACGAUACCGACGCUGACGGGCCACCUCUCGUGUAUGUAUUGAAUUUGGUGAACACUAAGCAGGACAACACAGUGAAGAGAGGUGCUAUCGUCAAGGCCAUGGCAAUUUGUACAAGACAUUCAUUCUUGCACAUAUACAAGCCCCUUUUGCUCCUCGCACUUGAAGAAUACUUCAGGGCGCCAGUCAUUGAAACUCUCGCUUCGCUUUAUAAUGCUCUGAAUGCCAUGGAUCUGUCGUUGAUGCCGAAACUUUCCAAUCUGGAGUCUUUUAUCUUACAGUCUAGCGACGCGAAAGACAUGUUCAUCGAGAAGUUUGAAGUCAUGAUUCAACAGCGCUUGGUCGAGGACGCGGAACGAGAUUCCCUUCCUUCAGCGACGUCCUCUGGGUCUGAUCACAAAGCCCGGGAGUACAAAGCUCCACGAGAUACGCACGAAUUUGAAUCGAAAGUCAACUACAACGGCAUCCCCGUCCCAAUCAAAGUUCCGACGGCCUUAAGCCCAGAGACUGUGGGAGACUUCUCACUUAUUAAACUGAUCCAGACCUUUUCUAGUCCUCAUUCAACACAACCGCAACCUUUUGCUCUUCAUCCACACCUCACAACAAGCGGAGCUUACACUCAUCCCAUCAUCGUCCUUGUAAACGCUCUUCUCACUCAAAAGCGAAUAAUAUUCCUCGGCCACAAUCGACCUUCUAGUGAGGUAGCUGAAGCGGUUCUCGCAGCCUGCGCAUUAGCUUCGGGUGGCCUUCUUCGAGGCUUCAUUCGUCACGCUUUUCCCUACACCGAUCUUACCAAAAUUGAUGACCUCCUCAAAGUCCCCGGCUUCAUCGCUGGUGUUACAAAUCCCGCUUUCUCCCACAAGCCAGAAUGGUGGGACUUACUAUGCGACCUCCCUACCGGCCGCAUGAAAAUCAGCCAUCGGAUCGAAGGGGCACCAGUAACCGAAGGCCUGCUGUUCUUCCAGCAACAAAGCGGCCUACCGAAUGGAGCAGGUGGGCUGCAGCUUGGCGCCGAUGGAAAGAGCGGAGCUGCGGAUCCGACUGGGGAUUCUCAGUUCAUGGAAGGGCUUCUUGCCAGCAUCGCAAAUCGCCAUGGUGAAAAUGCUAUCCGUGCAAAAUGGCGUUCCUGGAUCCUAAAGUUUACGCGUAUCGCCGCCGCGUUCGAAGAAACCGUCUACGGUGCAUCAGCCCUCUAUGCCGGAUCCCACGAAACGGAUAUUGGCGUCUAUGGUGUCUCAGGCCACGGCUUCGUCUGGCCAGAUGAAGGCUCGCGAAUGAGAGAACUUGCAGCAAAUGUCCACAGAGUUGAAGGCUGGCGAAGCACGCGUUCCUAUUACUCGUUCGUCCAAGAUCUCGCAAAACGCUGGGAUAAGAGACCCGUAAGGGGUAUUGAUUUACAUCAUCAGCAUGACAAGCUUCGCUGUCUCCGCCUCUCACACGACCAAUCUGCAGCCAUAUACCUCGCUUUCGCACGUGCAGUCGAAGAAGCAGGCUUAGGUUCCUCAUCCACGUCUUCAGAUGACUUGACCUCCGCUGUUGAGAGAUCGUUGACGCUGAAUGAUCCUUCGACAUCGAUUGCGCAUCAACGGCAGCCAUCGGAGCAGUUGCAAUAUGACACGAUUCUACAAUUGCUCAUGGUCGUGCCGGAAUCUAAUAUGGGGCUGUUUUAUUUGUCUUUGGCGUUGUUUCAUCCAAGGGAGGAGGUUAGAUUAGCGGUUGUGAGAUUGUUGGAGAGGAUCAUGAGUCAUGAGGCUGGGAGGCACUUUUGGGGGAGUUUGGGGCGGUUUGCGAAGUUGGCUUUUUAUAGGGUUAAGAGGGAAGAUGGUGGGGGUACUGUUAGGUAG